GUUAACGUCCUGAUGAUAGUUUCCCUGAAAGCUUAGCACGUAUAUGCCUUAACAUCAUCUCAUAAUUGUCACAAAAUGGAAAAAAAUAUUAUGAAUCUGAUUUAGUUUGUAACCAAUGUAGCUGAACGAUAAUGGCGUGUAUAUCCUCACCAACAUUGUUCUUCCUGUUGAUCGGUUUGCUUGGCAAGAUGAAUGGAGCACAAGUGAUGGAUUGUUUUCCAUGUGCAUGUGUUUCCGAAGAAGACAAUGAUCUGUACAGAGUUGACUGUAGAUCCAAUCAUAAUCUAGAAGGUAGACUACCGGACUUCAAGCACAUAAACGAAAGUCAGAUUCUGUCACUGGACAUGUCGCAUAGCAACCUUGUAAAUCUUACGGACAAAACUGAGACACCUUUUCAAAAUUACAGUAGCUUGAAGGAGUUGUAUUUGAUAAACACUUCGAUAAAUUCGAUGAAAAAUGACUGUGCGACAUUGCAAAGCAAAACAUUUAUCGGAUUGCACAAGCUUGAAUAUCUUAAUAUCGCACAUAAUGAACAAUAUUCAGUUACCAAUGAAACCGACAGUAACAUCUUCGAAAGAUUAUUAUCUCUGAAGAAACUAAUUAUGUAUCAAGCAAAUUUAAUAGCAACGGCUCAACAUUCUGGUUAUCCCGGAGAAAUUUUGAACAAACUUCCUGCCUUAGAAGAAAUAUGGAUCGAUGGAUUCUCGAUUGUUCCAUUUGGAGAAGAGUUUAAACAUAUGCCCAACCUGAAAAUUAUUAGGUUAUCAGGCGAUUUAAUUGAACCGAUAUGGGAUUAUCUUGAGUACUGCUCCGUGCAAAAUAUUACCGAUGGUCUUUUAGUCAAUUUGCCUUAUGUCACCAAUUUAUCAAUUAUCCACUGUAACGUUUUGCAUAUCUGUGCAAACGCUUUUAAAAAUAUGAUUAGCCUCCGCAUGCUUGAUUUGUCUAUGAAUUAUGCAUUGGGCUUGGACAAUCCGUUCAACAGUUUUAAAAGUUUAAAUUCGGACUUUGAAGUACUUAUCUUAGACAAGCUUAAAGGCGACAGGACAAUAGAAUGUUCUGUCACUAUUUCGAAGAGUAUGAUUGAAUCAAUUCAACAUACCUCACUGAAAAUGAUUUCCUUAGAUGAUAAUAAGAUAAGUUCAAUUGAUAAAGAUGCGUUUUCGUUAUUUCCUAAAACUUUGGAAUAUAUCAGAAUGAGACGAAACAAAUUUGAAUUAGGUAUAUAUAUGUUGUUUGCAUAUCUAGUAACAAACGUCAGAAGACUUGAAGCAUCGUAUUCCCACAUGGGGCUUCAAUUUGCCAUCUCGCACGAUUCUGAUAUAUCAGAUUAUUCUACUGAUUUUGUGUCUGAAUAUAUCAAUUACACAUCAACUAAUGCUUUCAAUAACAAUAAACACCAUUACCGUUUAGCCGCUAUAGGUGAUCACCAUUUUAACAUGGGACAUUCUAAAGCUAAAGAUUGUCCAAAACCGCUGUUGUAUAUUCCAACAGUUACUAUAACUGCGUUUCUACCACCGAAAUUGGAAUAUUUAGAUAUAAGUCAUAGUAAAAUUGGGUUACCAAUCUACGACUUUUAUGUCGAUCCAAAUAAUUCCGUUAAAAUAAUCAAUGCUUCAAAUUCAUUGCUAUAUUGCUGGGCGGGACCUAUUCAUGGUGGCAAAAAUGUCGAAAUACUUGAUCUGAGUAACAAUUUUUGUUCUGUUGCCAAUGAAACAUUCUUUAUUAAUUUUCCAAAACUGAAGCGUGUGCAUCUCCAAGGUAAUUACCUUUCUUAUGUUGUAAAACGUGUGAGCAUUUUUUAUUCAAAUUUGGAACUUGAAUACGUUGAUUUGUCCACAAAUACAAUAAAUAACAUACAUCCCAACUUUUUUAAGAAUCAAACAAAAAUGCGAUGGAUAUAUUUGUCUAAAAAUAAUUUAAUUGAUUUUGACCACAGACUAGCUCACAUGUCAUUUUUAAACGUUUUAAAUCUAUCAGAAAAUCGCAUAUACACUUUGAGCAACAACUUGCGAUCGGAUCUUGAUGACAUCGUUACGUCCAGAAACAACGACACUUUGACAGUUGAUUUGUCUAAAAAUGUUAUUGCUUGUUCAUGUGACAACCUAGAAGUAUUAGAGUGGAUUCUUGAACACACAGCGCCAACCUCCAAUCUCCUAUCGGUGAAAAUAUCAACUUGUUAUUACAUUCACAAUAUUUCGGCCCUUCCAUCACCAACAGUCAUUUGGACUAAGAACGAUUUAGCAUACCAAAUUACCUUCCUUCAAAAGUUCUGCACCUCAUACUCGUCGUUGUUGAUAACAUUGGUCGUUAUUUUAUUUGUUGUCGUAAAUAUUAUCGUCGCUUCUUUGAUACACCGGUUUAGAUGGAAAAUUCGCUAUUGGUACUAUGUUGGGCAUAGUAAUGAUACAACAUCUAACGACUAUACAGCCCUUGACAAUUCGUUGCGAUUUUCACGAUUCAAGUAUGACAUCUAUCUAGCCUACGAGGAAGACGCCCGUGAAUUCGUUUUUGAAACAUUGAAACCAAAACUUCUUGAAUUUGAAUAUGUUGUGUUUGUGCAUGACGACAUUUUGGAUGGACUACCGCUUUGCAACGUGCUAACAAAAUCUAUUCACGCGAGUCGAGUUGUUGUGUUUAUUCUCUCAAACGGUUCAAGACAAAGUUUGGAAUGGAAGAUAGCUGCACAUAUUACAAAUGAAGAAUCGAAUUACAGAGGAAAACCGAUAUCUCUGGCGAUGUUUUACAAUUCGGACUCAACUCAAGGACUUCCGGAGAAUUUGCAGCUAUUGCGACAUGAUGCGUUUAUCGAUUACCCAAUCAACGGUAGCGAUGGGGAAAUAACAGCCUUUUGGGAGGAUUUAAAAACUAAAGUUCAUGCCAUUGACAAAACGGCAUUGUAAUGUAUUUCAAAUUUUAACUAUAUGGUAAAGGUAUAUCAACAAGUUUAUUUUUACUUUUUAGUGUAAUAUGUCGCUUCUUUAAUGCGUUUAUCUAUCAGAUGACCAGAUUUAACAAAUGGGCGCGAACACAAUGACAGUGCUCUGUACACUAUUCACCGUCUCAACAUUGUUUGAAUGUUAUGUAUUUUCCGUGGUUCUCUUUACAAAGUUAGAAUAUGAUGAAAGAUUGCAUAAACAGUAAAGAACAUUAUCUUAGCACGUUUUCGAGUAUUUAAGUUAUUUAUUAGAAACACGUCAUACUUGUCAAUAGACGUUGCAAGUCGUACAAUGUAGUGUGUAAGGUGUAACGGAAAACGUAUCAUAUUAUUCAUUUGUAUAUACACGAGUUGUCUGCCUUUCUAUAAUUUAAAGGUCAUAUGGGUAUUUUUAUCACCGAAGACAUUUCAGACAUAAUUUGAAUUCUAUUUGCCGAUGACCUUGCGAGCUGCGCUGAUACAGUGAUCGAACUACAAUCACAAUUGAACUCAAUAUCGAUUUUUUUUUAACGUACUGGUAUGUCAAUGAAUCGACAAAAGACGGAAAUUAUUGUUUUUUUAGAAACGGAGGUCCGCUAAGAGCAUACGAACGUUGGGUCUAUACAAAUAAUCCGGUAAAUGUCACAUCCGUAUAUAAAUAUAUGGGUCUUCUUUUUACGCCUAAACUAUAAUGAAGGAAAGCGAGAGAAAAACUUGCAGCUCAGGUCCGAAAAUCUAUUUUUGCUAUUAAAUCAUACCAAAGAAACUUUGGAUAUUUUGUUCAUAUACGGAUUUUUUUGAAUUGUUUGAUUCAAUGGUCAAACCUAUAUUUUCAUAUUGUUCCGAGAUAUAUUGAUUAGAAUUCUCGGACAUAAUUGAAAAAAUACAAAUCGAGUAUUUUAAAUAUUUUCUUGGUGUAAAUAAAUCUGUAAAUGAUAGCAAGGUACUAGGAUAAUGUGGUAGAUUACCGCUUUGUAUAAAACAUCAUGUAAAAUGCGUUAAAUAUUGGUGUAAAUAGAUAAGUAUGACAGAGGAUCGAUAUCCUAGAAAUUGCUAAUAAAAGCGGCACGACGAAAUCGGAAGAUCUAAUUGGGUGACAUCAAUUCUGUAAAAAACAUUUUGUACCGUUAUGGUUUUUGUGUGGAUAAGUCAAGAGAUAGGAAAUGUGAAACUAUUCUUAAUUUCAUUUAAACCAAGAUUGAUUGAUUGUAAAACACAGAACUGGCUUGAAACUCUUAGAAAUUCAUCAAGAUGUGAUACCUACAAACCUAUGUUAAACCCAGAAAAAUAUUUGUUUAUUGACAUACACUUUUAUGUUCAAAGUCAGUUGCUAGAUUUCGUUGUUCAAGUCAUAAACAGCAAUUGAAACUGGUCGACAUUUAGGAAUUUCUAGAGAACACCGAAUUUGUACAUAUUUCUCAGUCUAUUUUAAUAAUAUAUGCAUUGAAGAUGAGUUCCAUGUAUUUUAAAUGCCCACAAUUUAACCAAGAAAGGUAAAUGUAUAUUUUUCCAUGGUACGAUGGUGAACAAAAUUUCCAAACAUUUUGCAAUCUUAUGCAAAUUUCUGAUGAAAGAAAACUAAAAAGCAUAGCCUGUUAACGAAAUAAUGAAAAAGAAAGAUGUAGAUCAAAUUGAUGUUAAACAUUGAUGUAUCACUACUCAUAAAUUGUAUGUUGAUACUUAUGUAUUCUGUAUUUUGGGCGGGUGGCCUUUAUUUACAAAUAAACUUUGUAUUGUCUUG